AGUCCUGGAUGAAGAAAAAUAUUCCACUUGGCCUAAAAUAGAGGAAUAUUGUCGGGCUCUUCACACCAAAUUCUGAACACUGUGUGAUAAGAAGUCUAAUCCUGGAGAUUAUCAGCACCUCCCCAUCCUUCCGCAGCUGCUGCAGCAGGUCCAUCAUGUGGGUUUUGACCACCCUACUGCUCCUGGUUCCAAGCAGUGGACAAGCUGCUACUCUGGAGAAGCCCAUAUUGUCUCUGCACCCACCCUGGACAACCAUCUUCAAGGGGGAGCGGGUAACCCUGCGGUGUGAUGGGUACCACCCCCUGCUCCUGGAGCUCCGGCCCAUCAGCACCCUCUGGUAUUUGGGUCACCUCCCCCUGCCCUCCUACAAGAAGAGCAUUGAGGUCCAGACCCCAGGAGUGUAUCGAUGUCAGACACGGGGAGCACCAGUCAGCGACCCCAUCCACAUCUCGGUAUCCAAUGACUGGCUCAUCCUGCAAGUGCCCUACGCCGCGGUGUUCGAGGGCGAACCCCUGGUCUUGCGCUGCCGCGGCUGGUACGACAAGGCUGUCUACAAGCUCCAUUAUUACCACGACGGGCAGGCGGUUCGUUACUUCCACUCCAGCGCCAAUUACACCGUCCCGCAGGCGCGAGCCAGCGACAGUGGACGCUACCAGUGCUCGGGCACCAUGCGCAUCCCAGUGGAGAGCGCGCCCCUGUUCUCCGCCAAGGUGGCCGUGACCGUGCAAGAACUCUUCCAGGUUCCGGUGCUGCGGGUGUUGGGCCCGGCGCCAGCCCGUGGCGCGGCAGGAGGCGGCGUGGUCCUGCGCUGCGACACGCACCUGCACCCGCAGAAGCGCGACACGCCGCUGCAGUUCGCCUUCUACAAGUACAGCCGCCCGGUGCGCCGCUUCGAUUGGGGCGCCGAGUACACGGUCCCCGAGCUAGAGCACGAUGAGCUGGAGUCCUACUGGUGCGAGGCGGCCACCUCCACCCGCAGCGUCCGUAAGCGCAGUCCAUGGCUGCAGCUCCCAGGCCCCGCUUCUCCUCUGGGCUCGACCACCCCCGCCCCAGCACCACAGGCAGCCGCCUUGGCCCCUGGCAGCAAGCCUCUUUCCUUCAGAAAGCCCCCGGUGUCCACAUCGGUGCCGUCGGUCAUCUCCCUUCCAAACACCACCUCGGCUGGGCUGCAUUUCCCUGCGGCUGGCAGAGCCCCCACAGCUGGGCCACCUGCCUGCGCAGCGACAACUUCCUUGGGACAGUCGCCAGGAGUCCUGAAAUCCAACGUGGACCUUCUGCUUCGGGAAAUGCAAUUGCUCAGAAGCCUUUUGACCCGAGUGGUCCUGGAAUUAAAGGAUCCACAGGCCUUCCCAGAGCUCAGGGGAACACUCCAGACCCCCACUUCCCACUUUGCUGUGAGCCUGGGAUCCCUGGGGACCACUAAGGUGGAGACCUGAGCCUGGGGGCUGCAGCCUCUUAACCCCACCCACCACCCCCAGGUCUGUUCAUUCCUGGUCUCUCCACUUCUCCGUCACUCUGCUACCUCCAAGCCACUUCUGUUUGUCCCUUUGUUUUGCUUUGCUUUAAAGAAUCGAGGAUAAAGUGAGGUGGCUGCUCAUUUCAAUCUGGAAGAGCACCUGUGAGCAGUUUGUAAUUACACCAUCUUCCCUGCCAGUUUUUCCCCUCACAGAACUCAAUAAGGAAGUAAAA